AUGGCUACUACUUCCGUAUCAACUCCUCUCAAGAGCCAUCAUGGACUAUUCUCAACCAAGACCGCUGGUGGCCGUAUGCCUCUCACCCCUUCUCCUCGUGCGAGAACAACGAGCGUAGCCACCAACGGUUCUUCCACAUCACCAUUCACCCCACCUCGGAAAGAUCAAUCCAUCCACAAGACCGAAGCCUCAACCAUAUUCUCUCGAUCACUGUCACGAUCGGUCUCCAAGUUUGCAUAUGCCAACUCUCCCAAGUCAAACAUCGCCAAAGGACGAACAUCCCCCAAGGGACUCGACCUAGGUGUUUCGGAGUGGGCGUUGACCGGAACCGGCCCUGCCGCGACCAGUACACCUUCAAGAGAGAAGUCAAGAAAAGAGACUGCUUUGAGGUCGAGGGUUGGCAAGACCACGAUCCGACAUCCUCACAACACUGCAGACCGCUUCAUUCCCAACCGAACUGCCAGCACUGGUCUGAAUACCACUGGUGCAGGCAAGGGCGAUGAGAACACAAGACCCCGCACUGCAGCUGAGGGCUCAACUGUCCUUGCCAAUGCUGCCAGUGCUUUCGAUAUCUCUGCACGCGGAGCCGAUGCAGACAUCACCACAGCUUUGGAAAGCCUUGGUCUCGACGAUGACAGCACCACAUCAUACACAAAAGCAGACCGUGAUUCUUCGGCAUACGAGUCAUCAUUGGCCUCAGCAUGUGGCAUCUCAACCAGCCAACGCAUUCUCGAAUUCAAGCCUGCACCACCCGAGUCAUCAAAGCCCAUUGACCUCCGCUCUCAAUACAAUCGUCCAUUGAAGCAAGCUAGCACUCAAUCUGCCCAAUUCCGCCGACGUAUCCAAUCAGCACCCGAGCGUGUACUUGAUGCACCCGGGCUCGUCGAUGACUACUACCUCAACCUUCUUGACUGGAGCUCAGGCAACCAGGUUGCCAUUGGACUCGAGCGUAAUGUCUAUGUCUGGUCUGCUGAGAGUGGCACCGUCAGCUGUCUGCUAGAGACAUCUCCCGACACGUACAUCAGCAGUGUGAAGUGGUCUGGAGACGGAGCGUACGUUGGAGUCGGCCUUGGUUCCGGCGAGGUCCAGAUCUGGGACGUCGAGGAGGGCACCAAGUUGCGCAGCAUGUUCGGACAUGAUACUCGCGUGGGUGUCAUGGGCUGGAACAAGCAUACAUUGUCGACUGGUGCAAGAAGCGGCCUGGUGUUCAACCAUGACGUCCGUGUUGCGGACCACAAGAUUGCGGAGCUCGUGUCACACACAGCCGAAGUUUGUGGACUCGAGUGGCGAUCCGAUGGAGCGCAGCUCGCUACUGGCGGCAAUGACAAUUUGGUGACCAUCUGGGAUGCCCGUUCUUUGAGCGCACCCAAGUUUGCCAAGAAGAACCACCGCGCCGCUGUCAAGGCUCUUAGCUGGUGCCCGUGGCAAUUGAACCUCCUGGCCACUGGCGGAGGCUCGCACGACCGACAUAUCCACUUCUGGAAUACGACCACGGGGGCUCGGGUCAACAGCAUUGACACUGGAUCACAAGUGACGAGUCUCAAAUGGAGCAACCACUACCGCGAAUUGGUGAGCUCAAGCGGCUUCCCGGAUAACUCUUUGAGCAUCUGGAGCUAUCCUACAUUGGUACGCAAUGUGGAAAUUCCAGCACACGAGUCGCGUGUCCUUCACAGCUGUCUGAGCCCCGAUGGACAGAUGCUUGCAACUGCUGCUGCGGACGAGAGCUUGAAGUUCUGGAAAGUAUUUGAGCGAAAGGCUGGAAUGAGCGCGGCUGCGUCAAGGGAAGGCGGCGUGGGCAAGGGCGGGCAGAUGGCCAAACAGAUGACAAUCCGAUGA